AUGACCCAGUUGUACUUCGACAGGUUUAUGGGUAAACUGACGGUGGUUGUUCAUGGAUUUACCCUUGGAGAAAAGAUGUCCAAGUCUCUUGGGAAUGUCCUCAGUCCUGAUGUUGUCAUUAAUGGAGGACAAGAUCAAAGCAAAGAGCCUCCCUAUGGUGCUGAUGUCCUUCGCUGGUGGGUAGCAGAGUCCAAUGUCUUCACUGAAGUUACAAUUGGCCCAUCCGUGCUCAAUGCUGCCAGAGAUGAUAUUAGCAAGCUUAGGAAUACACUCCGCUUUCUGUUGGGAAAUGUGGCUGAUUUCAACCCAGAAACCGAUUCCAUCCCUGUCAAUGAUAUGUAUGUCAUAGACCAGUAUAUGCUACACUUACUGCAGGACUUGGCAAACAAGAUUACCGAAUUAUACAAACAAUAUGAUUUUGGAAAAGUGGUUCGGCUGUUACAGACAUUUUAUACCAGAGAACUGUCUAACUUUUAUUUCAGUGUAAUCAAAGAUAGGCUUUAUUGUGAAAAGGAAAAUGACCCCAAACGACGCUCUUGUCAGACUGCAUUAGUUGAAAUUUUGGAUGUAAUAGUUCGUUCUUUUGCUCCCAUUCUUCCUCACCUGGCUGAGGAGGUGUUCCAGCACAUACCUUACAUUACAGAGCCCAAGAGUGUUUUCCGUACUGGGUGGAUUAGUACUAGUUCUAUCUGGAAGAAGCCUGGGUUGGAAGAAGCUGUGGAGAGUGCAUGUGCAAUGCGAGAUUCAUUUCUCGGAAGCAUCCCUGGCAAAAAUGCAGCUGAGUACAAGGUUACCGUUGUGAUAGAACCGGGACUGCUCUUUGAGAUAAUAGAGAUGCUGCAGUCUGAAGAGACUUCCAGCACCUCUCAGUUGAAUGAAUUAAUGAUGGCUUCCGAGACAACUUUACUGGCUCAGGAACCACGAGAGAUGACUGCAGAUGUAAUUGAGCUUAAAGGGAAAUUCCUCAUUAACUUAGAAGGUGGUGAUAUUCGUGAAGAGUCUUCCUAUAAAGUAAUUGUCAUGCCGACUACCAAAGGAAAAUGCCCUCGUUGUUGGAAGUACACAGCGGAAUCUUCAGAUACACUCUGUCCUCGCUGUGCGGAAGCCGUUAGUGGAAAAUAGUAUUAUAGCUCACCAGAGCAAGAACCUCCCCACAGUACUGGCUAGAAGUUUAGAUACAUUAUUUACAAUACUGGAAAGAAAUCCAAGACUUGGUAAUGAGUGGAUGAGUACACGGUGGAGGAUGAGGGUCGAAAUCAGAAUUAUAAAAAGUAUUUCCUGUAACUACAGAAUUAUGUGUAUAUACAUGCAGAAAAAAAAUGUGUGUGUGUGUGUGUGUAUAACAUAGACAUGUAUUUAGCUUAUCUUCACAUAUGGUUGAGCAGAAAAUGUUUUAUAUUUUAUACAUCUUUGGACUCAGGAUUUAAAUUCUAUGAUAUCUGAAAAUAAAGGCAUUCUGGAAAAGUA